UACAUAUUCGGCCCAAAACCCUAUUGAUUUUGCAGAAAGAGAAAGAAUCUAAGGAGAAACGAAAAACCCUAAAAACCCUAGAACCUCCCUGACCCAUCCUACCGAUUCCAAUGGCGGAUGACGGUCUUCCGCCGGAAAUACUCGCCGAAAUCCUCUCCCGUUUACCAGUAGAAUCACUUCUCCGAUUCCGAUCAACUUCAAAAUCACUUAAAUCUUUAAUCGAUUCUCACAACUUCAUCAACCUUCAUCUCAAAAAUCCCCUCAAUCAAUCCGUAAUCAUUCGAAACAACUCCGAUAUCUACCAACUCCAAAUCGAUGAUAACGAUUUCUCUAAUCGAAUCAAUUCGAUUAUUCCACUCAACCAUCCUUUCAAAGGUAACAGCCCCAACAUCGAUCCUUACACACGGCGUGACAGCACCAUGGCUCUUAUCGGUUCAUGUAACGGCCUCCUCGCUAUCUCCAAUGGCCAAAUCGCUUUCACGCAUCCUAACGCCGCCAACGAAAUCACAAUCUGGAACCCUAACACACGUAAACAUCUGAUUAUCCCUUUUCUCCCUAUGCCUGUCCCUUACAUUAUGGAAUCAAACAACCCUAACCGCGGCUGCUUAUGCGUUCACGGCUUCGGUUUUGAUUCUUUAACCGGCGAUUACAAACUCCUCAGAAUCUCUUGGCUUCUCGAUCUACAAAACCCUUUUUAUGAUCCACAUGUGAGACUCUUCAGCUCCAAAACAAACUCGUGGAAAAUAGUUCCUAGUUUUCCCUACUCUCUUGAAUAUUGUCAAACCAUGGGGGUUUUUAUCGACAAUUCUAAUUCUAUUCAUUGGGUUGCCAACAACGAACUGUUUGAACCUCGUUUAAUUUUCGCAUUUAACCUAACAUUUGAGAUUUUUAACGAGGUUCCUCUUCCGGUUGAAAUAAGUCAAAUUAAGAGUAAUAAGAGUUUUGGACUUGAUGUUGCUGUUUUGGGAGGCUGUCUUUGUAUGACUGUGAAUUAUAAAAAAACUACUAAAUUUGAUGUUUGGGUGAUGAAAGAAUAUGGAUCUAGAGAUAGUUGGUGUAAACUUUGUACUGUGGAUAAAUCGUGUUUCACUUCACCUUUGAAAUCUUUGAGGCCUUUAUGUUAUUCUAGUGAUGGAAGUAAGGUUUUGUUGGAAGGCAUUCAGGUUUUGUUGAAGGUAGAUCACAGAAAGCUGUUUUGGUAUGAUUGGAAGAGUGAACAAGUUAGUUAUAUUGAAGGAGUUCCUAAUUUGAAUGGAGCUGCUAUGAUUUGUGUUGAAAGUCUUGUAUCACCUCCUUUCCCUGUUGAUAAUUGUAGGAAGAAGGAGGACAGGACAAGCAAGAGCAAGAGAAGGGACCACUUCUUGUCCGGAGGAUUUAAAUUGAGAUUGUAAGGGGUGGAAGGAAGAACCUGUAAUGUGCAGCUGAAACAGGGUGCUCAAGUUGUUUCUUGUGAUGGAAUUAGUCUCCUUGGUUUGUGGGUAAGGUUGAAUUGAUAAUGAAUGGAGCUGCACGCAUUUGUAUUUCUCAUUUUGAAUUGUAUGUCUGAUAUUACACUUAUCCCUCACACUUAUCCCUCUGGCCUUUCUAAACGGAUCUUCUGCUUUUAUUUUUACUCCUAGUAGUGUUAAGAAAAUAUGGAAUAGUCCAUAUAUCCCUUUAUGAUAUUUCUAAUUUGUAAUUGAAACUCUCCUUUCUACUUCUGUUAAGAAAAUAUGGAAUAGUCCAUAGUUCCCUUUA